GUCUCCCCUCUGAUAAUCUUUGUUGCCUAUUUGCUACGAACCUCUGCCGGCCAUAAGCUAUUUCACUUCUGUUCGUCUCCGUUUGGUGUUGUUACAGAGAGAAAUGGCGUUGAGACAGAAGUUAGGAUGGUCAGAAGGAGAUCUAAUGAGAUCAGAUGCAAAGCCAUGUUCAAGGCUCAUGAGACAAACUGCUGCUAUUUUCACUGUUGGUGGAGCUCUUGGUUUCUGGGUUCUCUGCAGACUUCACUAUGGUCCGAGGGUUACAGUACCAAGAAGUCUACGAUGGGCUGGGUGUGGAGCAGUGUCCAUGAGUGCAUCUACUGCAACACUUGUCCGUCUCUUGAGCCCUGAAUGUGAACCCCAAAACAUUGCUGCAUACGACCAACCCAAAUCCCCUCAAGCUUCACUCCCUUAAACCAUCAGUUUCUGACUUCAUCUAUUUAUGUGUAUGUACCUCAGAGUUUUGUUCUUUUUCUUUUGCAGUACACAGAAUUUAGCUAACUAUUCCUAAAUACUACUAAAGUUGUCUUUUAUGCUUUUUAUUUGGAUUUUUGUUCCUAUUUCUUUAGGAGCGUUCAGGAUAAGCUGCCGGGCUUAACUCGGCUCAGCUCAUUAUGAACUCGAGUACUUUUGAUUCAUCUCAGCUGAUUUAUUAGCUUAGAUAAGCUAAAUGAACUAGCUCGGGAUUUAGUAUAUAUUAAAAUAAACUUAAGUUUUUG